UCCUCCGCCGCGCGUCCAAAGCGAACACGAUUAGAGAGACAUACCCCUAGACGUCCCGAACCGAAAGCCUCCCCGCAGUUCCUUAUCCCUAACCCAAAGCCAUCCAAGAUGUCGUCAAUGUGGAUGUCCGAUACCCAAAAAAUCGGAGUGAUUUUUUGCUCCGGAGGCGGUUUCUUCCUCAUCGGCGGAGUGAUGCUCUUCUUUGACCGAGCCAUGCUCGCCAUGGGAAAUAUCCUCUUCCUUAUCGGCCUGACGAUUAUCAUCGGACCCCAGAAGACGCUGCUCUUCUUCGCGCGGAAACAAAAGGCAAAGGGCACGGCGGCCUUCUUCGCGGGGCUCGCCCUGAUUCUGCUGCGGUGGCCCCUGAUCGGCUUCUGUGUCGAGCUCUACGGCAUCAUGAUCCUGUUCGGAGACUUCCUCGGCACCAUCGCCGCGUUCGCGCGCAAUAUCCCAGUCAUAGGGCCCUACAUCGGGGCCGCGGUCGACCGGUCCGGGGUUGGACGGCGAAACGCCGAGCUCCCCGUGUAAAGCUCACGGGCAGUGCCUGGUCGGAGUUGGCGCCGCGGCGUAUCAAUUGUUUUGGGCACUCAGUGGCAGGCUAUCGGGGUAGCGUGUAGUCAAGCUGUAUGUAUACCGCAACGGCGCAGCUUGAGUCGAGGGGUUUGGUAUGGCGUGUACUGUAUUCGAUUGUGCGCUCAACAAUGUUAGACGGGCGGCCUCAGC